CCCGCCUUCCGAGCAUGCGCAGGAGGGCGGGCUCGAACGCCGAGAGGGUGCGCCCGCGCGCGCUGCGCUCCUUUCAACGGACGUCGGGGCGGGCGGGCAAGCAGGCGGGCGGGCGGAGAGCGAGUCACAAGUGAUUGAGAGAUGGUUCAAGAAAAUCUACCUCACAAAUUGCAUUCGUUUGCCCAUGAACUGCAUCACUGGAAAUCUGAACAGGAACUUGGCGGUCGUUCUUGAAAGUCUCAGGCGAACGGAUGGACACCAAGUCAGUUUAUUGCAUCCAAGGAGUGGGUUGCCAUCUGAAGUAUUGAUUCAACAGUCCAAUCUAUCAUUGCUGAAUGUCUUAAUAAAGUUAGCAAAGGAUUCAAAAUAUCCCUUGUAGUUUCUUCUGAGUUCUUCAAAAAAUGGUUGCUUGACCUCUUUCCUGCUGAAGUAAAGUGGCUUCUAUAACCUGUUUCUGGAAAUAUUAAUGGAAUGCAAUCAUGUCUACCCAGGAAGAAAGGCAGAUCAAUACGGAAUAUGCUGUAUCCUUACUGGAGCAGUUAAAGUUGUUCUAUGAACAGCAGUUGCUAACUGACAUUGUUUUAAUUGUUGAGGGCACUGAAUUCCCAUGCCAUAAGAUGGUUCUCGCUACAUGCAGCUCUUACUUCAGGGCUAUGUUUAUGAGUGGGUUGAGUGAAAGCAAGCAAACGCAUGUCCAUCUAAGGAAUGUGGAUGCAGCCACUUUGCAAAUCAUAAUAAUUUACGCAUACACGGGUAAUUUGGCAAUAAGUGACACUACAGUCGAACAGCUUUAUGAAACGGCUUGCUUCUUACAGGUAGAAGAUGUGUUACAGCGUUGCAGAGAAUACUUAAUUAAAAAAAUAAAUGCAGAGAACUGUGUGCGGCUGUUGAGCUUCGCUGAUCUUUUCAGCUGUGAGGAGUUAAAACAGAGUGCUAAAAGAAUGGUAGAACACAAGUUCACAGCUGUAUGCCACCAGGAGGCUUUCAUGCAGCUCUCACAUGAUCUGUUGAUAGAUAUUUUGAGUAGUGACAACUUAAAUGUGGAAAAGGAGGAAACCGUUCGUGAAGCUGCUAUGUUAUGGCUGGAAUACAACACAGAAUCUCGAUCACAGUAUUUGUCAUCUGUUCUUAGCCAAAUAAGAAUUGAUGCACUUUCUGAAGUUACACAAAGAGCUUGGUUUCAAGGCUUACCGCCGAAUGAUAAAUCGGUAGUGGUUCAAGGAUUAUAUAAAUCUAUGCCGAAGUUUUUUAAACCAAGACUUGGAAUGACUAAAGAGGAAAUGAUGAUCUUCAUUGAAGCUGCUUCUGAAAACCCUGGUGGUCUUUACUCUUCAGUUUGCUACAGCCCACAGGCUGAAAAAGUUUACAAGCUCUGCAGCCCUCCUGCUGACUUGCAUAAGGUUGGGACGCUUGUAACUCCUGAUAAUGAUAUUUAUAUAGCAGGGGGGCAGAUCCCAUUGAAAAAUGCAAAAACUAACCACAGUAAAACUAGCAGACUUCAGGUUGCCUUCCGAACUGUGAAUUGCUUUUACUGGUUUGAUGCCCAACAAAACACUUGGUUUCCAAAGAGUCCAAUGCUGUUUGUUCGUAUAAAGCCAUCCCUAGUUUGCUGUGAAGGCCACAUCUAUGCAAUUGGAGGAGACAGUGUAGGUGGAGAGCUCAACAGGAGAACUGUUGAAAGGUAUGAUACCGAGAGAGAUGAAUGGACAAUGGUAAGCCCACUUCCCUGUGCGUGGCAAUGGAGUACAGCUGUUGCUGUUCAUAACUGCAUUUAUGUAAUGGCACACAACCUGAUGUACUGUUACUUCCCCAGGUCAGAUGCUUGGGUUGAAAUGGCUAUGAGACAAACUAGUAGAUGCUUUGCUUCGGCUGCUGCUUUUGGGGAUAAGAUAUUUUAUAUCGGAGGCUUGCACGUUGGCAGCAACUCUGGUAUAAGACUCCCUACUAGCACUGUAGAUGGGUCUUCCGUUACUGUGGAAGUUUAUGAUGUGAAUAAAAAUGAAUGGCGAAUGGCAGCCAACAUCCCUGCCAAACGAUAUUCUGACCCCUGUGUCAGAGCUGUUGUAAUUUCCAACUCCUUAUGUGUCUUCAUACGAGAAACCCACAUGAAUGAGAGAGCAAAGUAUGCCACCUACCAGUAUGAUAUGGAACUUGACCGGUGGUUCUUGCGCCAGCAUAUAUCUGAACGGGUGCUCUGGGAUUUGGGGAAAGACUUUCGGUGCACUGUGGGAAAGCUAUAUCCAUCUUGCCUUGAAGAAUCCCCAUGGAAGCCUCCACCGUAUCUCUUUUCACCAGAUGGAGCUGAUGAGUUUGAGAUUGAUGGAGAGAUGCUGACACUGCCACCUGUAUAGCUCCCAAAAUAAGAGACUGCAUGCCUAUAACUGGUUAUCAUGAAAACUCUUUGAGAGGACAGGGCUGGAAUAUGAAACAAUAAGCUGUCUUGUAUGUAUGCCCUAUUUAACAUUUUGUGGCCAUUGAGUGUAAAUCGGUGGAAUUUAUAAGCAGAUAUGCUUCCAUAAUCUGAAACAAUCCCUCUGGUAGCUGAUGGGAUCUGUAUGUAUAUUGCAAGCUUAAAGCAUCUGCUUAUUGUCUAAAUUUUUAGUCUUGUGAAGACUUUUAGUUCAGGAAACUUUCACAAAAGCAGCUUCUAUUUCUAGGAUGGUAUGUUAAUUGCUCAAAGUAUCUUCCAGUUAUAUUUGAGUGAGUUCUGGAAAUCUUUGUAUGUGCUAGUUAUUAUAGAUUGUGUGGCCUAAUGGAAUGUGCUACACCUAUUACACAACAGCCGUGUUGGUAUAAUAAUGCCAUGUAAAGAGAGAAACAAAUCCCAUGGAUCUACCUGUGGUAGGAAGGGUAGAUCUUCCAAUUUACGGUGACAUGCAGGGCAAAAUGACUGCAGGCUCAGUCAAGCUGUAUUAUUAUUAUUAUUAUUAUAUUAUUAUUAGGUGCAUGUAUUUUCACUAACUUAUACCUGUCUAUUUAGAAUACAGGUCUUCCGAGCAGCUGGUAGUUUGCCAGGUGUGAACUUACGUUGCUGGGCUUGCAGUAAGAAUUGCCAGCCCUACCUAGUGCGGGUCUGUGUGGAGCUUUUGCUCAGUAAACAGUUCCACAUUCUGUAUUUCAGAAACAAUGGCUCAUGCAUAUUACUUCCUGCUGCUUAUGUCCCCCUGCCCCAAUGUUAACCAAGAUAUAGUGUGGAUUAACCAGGUUUUUAUUUUUGUUAAUUUAAUAACAAGCAUUACUGUAGUGUGACUGUGUAUAGAUAUCCCUUAGUUGUCUCUCUUUUGUUUUUUGGUUUUUUUUGGGGGGGGGGACAAUUUUUUUUUCAGGAAUACUCUGUGCAGGAGAGCAGUUCAGUAGUACUGCUCUGGCAUUAAUCCCAGGAACCACUAGCAGUAGCGGCGCGCCGCCAAUCUUACAUGAGCACAGGUGCUUCAUGAUGGAUCAUACUAGCAUGUUCAGCUGCAUCAUGUUCUGGCACUGUAUUUUGAAUGAUAUUAAUUUAUUAAAAAAAAAAACCUGAGUCAAA